AUAAAAUAAUAUAUAACCACACCUUUUUCAACCCCCAAUACUCGAUUAAGUAUGUGACCACAAUCAAUAUUCAAAUCAUCACUCACUCCCGUCGAUUCUUUAUUCCGUUAUAGUCAACUCAACAGUCAAAAUCCCCAAAUCCCCUAAAUCUAGGGUUCAUACUUCAUACCAAAAUCAACCAUUUCAAAGUCCUUAAUCAGUGUUUCCAGAUGAAUCAACGGCUGCGAGAGCUUCUAUUUACCAGAUUAACCUCGCGAAUUUGAACAAUUUCGACCUGCAAAUGGCGCUGAAGCUUCCAGCUGCUGAAGCUGCAAAUGUUGCGAUUCAAUCGAUCGGAUGCGGGUACGAUAUCUCGUUAGAUCUGAGGCUUAAGUAUCGCAAAGGCUAUGAUGAUGUUUCUGACGGUGAUAAUGAUCGAAAUGGGUGCCGGUUGAUUGAAAUUGAUGAGGAUGAAGGUAGAGACAUUGUGCUUCCUGGUGGACUGUUGAUUCCUAACGUUUCGAAAUCGAUUAAAUGCGAUAAAGGCGAACGAACUCGGUUUAGUUCUGAUGUUCUUUCGUUUCAGCAGAUGUCAGAGCAAUUCAACCAAGAAAUAUCGUUAACUGGAAAGAUUCCUUCAGGCCUCUUUAACACAAUGUUCGAGUUUUCAGGAAGUUGGCAAAAAGACGCGUCCAGUACCAAAACCCUUGCGUUUGACGGUGUUUUCAUUUCAUUGUACACUGUUGCGUUAGGAAAGUCUCAAAUGGUACUCUGUGAUCAUGUAAAGAACGCUGUUCCAUCCUCAUGGGAGCCCGGUCUGUUAGCAAGGUUUAUUGAAAAAUUUGGCACGCAUAUAAUUGUGGGUGUGAGGAUGGGGGGAAAAGAUGUGAUAUACAUGAAACAGAAGCAUGCAUCGUUGCUCCAACCUGCUGAUGUACAGAAAAGGUUAAAGGAAAUGGCGGACAAGAGAUUUUUGGACUCUGAUGAACAAUAUGUUAUUAAUUCUGAACACAUUUCUCCAAAUGACAAGUAUGACAUGAGAGAGCAGCGGUUAAGGUUUGCAGAUAUCGACUCCUCAAGCUCUUAUUCUUAUAAGGAGGAUCUUGUAAGCAUUUGCAAAAGGAGAGGUGGGAAUGAUGAUAGGAACCUUAAACAUAACGAGUGGUUGCAUAGCGUACAGUUAGAGCCUGAUGUCAUCACAAUGUCUUUCGUUCCAAUCACUUCAUUGCUGAAUGGUGUUUCCGGAUCUGGUUACUUAAGUCAUGCCAUAAACCUCUAUUUACGCUAUAAACCACCAAUCGAAGAGCUUCAUCAGUUUUUGGAAUUCCAGUUACCGAGACAAUGGGCCCCUGUGUUCAGUGAUCUACCCCUUGGCCCACAACGAAAGCAGCAAAGUACGGCUUCUUUGCAGUUCAGCUUUUUUGGGCCCAAGCUGUAUGUGAACACUAAUCCGGUUGAUGUGGGUAAGAGACCCGUAACGGGUCUACGGUUAUAUCUAGAAGGUAAACGAAGCAAUCGGUUAGCAAUCCACGUGCAACAUCUCUCGUCUCUCCCAAAAGUCAUCCAGCUACAAGACGACGUAAACGGAAACUUUAACAACGAGCCAUACGACCGUAGAUACUACGAAAAAGUUCAAUGGAAAAACUUCUCCCAUGUCUGCACCGCGCCAGUUGAAUCCGAAAACGAGUUAUCAAUCGUAACCGGGGCUCAUUUACAUGUCGGGGAUUAUGGGUUCAAAAAUGUUCUUUUUUUACGGCUCCGGUUCUCAACCGCAGUUGGAGUAGCAGCAAUCAAGAAUCCCGAAUGGGAUGGGUCUCCCGGGCUAGCCCGAAAAUCAGGACUUAUUUCAACUCUUAUAAGCCACCACUUCACAGCAGUCCUGAAACCGCCACCUCAACCAGCCGAUGUCAAUAUAAACUCGGCUGUAUACCCUGGGGGCCCACCAGCUCCUGUUCAAGCACCGAAGCUACUGAAAUUUGUUGACACAACGGAGAUGACACGGGGCCCACAACAGACGCCCGGGUAUUGGGUUGUCUCGGGGGCUCGACUUGUGGUGGAUAAGGGAAAAAUAUCAUUGAGAGUCAAGUAUUCUUUGCUAACUGUAAUAUUACCUGAUGAAGAAGAAGAAGAAGAAUAUGAGAUUUAGAUAAAUGUGGGGAUGUUUGGUAACGUGUUUGUGUUUGGAAUAUGUUUGUAUUUCUAUGGGUUGUGUAAAGAAAGAAAUACCGUGACACAAAUUACUUAGUUAACUCGAUCUUGUUUUCGAGCUUUAUGUUUAAAGCUCGAGUAAUACUACCGUAUGCCUAAAGCUCACAACUAACCUAGCGUUACAAACGCGAGUUCAGCUUA